UUUAUACAGCCCACACUCACUGAACGUGGGACAGCAGCUCUGAACUCCAGCAGCAGGGCAGGUCAUUCCCUUAGACUGACUGUGCGAAUAUAAAGCAAGGAUUUCAUCUUCCACACUUGGUCGAAUCAUUAUAAGCUUGGUUGCAUCUGAAUCGCUACUGCCAACUCAUAACGGCCUGAUGAUAUGAAGCUCUUUCACACGAUAACUUUACUUCUACUGCUCCUGUGCCUAUUCCCAUUCCCAGGAGAAGGUGCAAAAGGGGAGGAAGAUGGCAAAGAGCAUGUUGAUCGACGGAGUAAAAAGAAAAGCAAAUCCUUGCCAACUAAAGGGAAAUUGACAACAAAGGAUAGUCAUGUGUGUUCCUGGGAAAUCGCAGGAGAUGAGGAGUUAACUCUUCUUGUCAAUUGCAGUCACCAAGGCAACAACUACUGGUGCAAGUACACUGGGAGACCACAGAUCUGCCCGCAAUACACUGCCAAAGCUGGGCAGUACUGGAAACAGGUCAUCGGCAAAGUGAAAAGGAAGAAGCACGCCUGCGAGGGCGAUAAAACCCUCAAAAACAGAAUCUGCAAAACUGGAUCCACAGAAUCACAGAUGAAACUGACCGCGAAGAGUUCGGAGACGGGCAAGCGAGGGGACAGAGGAAUUGCACGUAAAAAGGCUUCCGCAAAAGUGCCACCGGGGAAGAGAAACUUGUUAGACCAAGGUGACACCACUGAGAAACCACUUAAAAACAAAAGGAAACCCAAAGCGGGAAACUCUCCAAAGAAGGAAGCACCAACCCCAGCAGAUGAAGUGAACGAUGAGAACUCUGAGUUGCAGGAGGAGCUGUCUCAAGUUUACUGUGCUGAACAGUGGCACUCCCUCUGCUCAUUCUUUGUCACUCUGUGGAAUGGCUAGUGCAUAGAUUCCUCUUCUUUAGUUAGAGUAAAGUUAGUAUGUACCAUGUUUAACUCCAUUGCACCAAUGCAAACCAUGUAACUCCUCCCGAGUAAUUAAUAUGAAUUAAUGAACAGAAAAAGAAAGGCUUUUGAGUUCAGUUUCCUAAUACACCUUGACUGUUCAGAUACUAUGCUGAUUUAUGCUGAACUUUUUUUUGUUAAAUGAAUUGAGCUUUGAAUAUUAUCUUUAUGAAUUUUAACCACGUAUCAUUUAAGUAAAACACGCUUUAUUUUG